CUAAUGAUCUAUCAGUCCUGUCUUACUUAGUGUGCGUGCUGAUCAUAGUGCUGUAAUCUACUAAGGUACUGAUGUGGCCUGUCUGACAAUGAAUGAACCUCAAAAGCUUAUCCGGGGCCCAAACCCUAACCGGUAAUCACUACAUAUCCGAAUAUGGAGUCUAUACGGUUCGUGAGGUUUCGACGGCCAGCAAACUCCAGGACGUCCUCGCGGGAGCGUCUAGCGAACAUCAACACGAUGAGUAUUCGCUGGAGCAAGCUCGCCAACGUCCGACUGAUCGCGAUGACCAUCAACAAGAGAGUGGCGGAGGGCUCUCUGCCUCCAGAAGAAUCCUUCUUUCUACAACAGUUGUCGGAAUUACCUCAAUUGCUUCGAGUGGAACAUCUUUGA